AUGCAUUCUCUUAUAACAAUAAAAACACCACAUGAAGUAAUUAAGCUUUUAGAUAAUCUUGAAAAAUAUAAUAUUAAAACCGUUACAGAUUGGGUUCGAGAUAAAAAACAAACCUGGGUUUUAGUGGCAUUAUUACCAGCAUUUACCAAAAUGUCUUAUGAUAUUUGGAUUAAUUCUCCAUUUACAACAAAUGCUA